UUUUCUGCUGACCAACAACUGCUUUCUUUGUCUGAGUUGUGCCUUAGUUUGAUCACUCAGUCCUUCACUGAAUCCAGAUUAUUCAGGAUUUCCAUAAAUUCUUUGGCAUCAGAUGCAGGAGAGAGAUCUGAGUAUCAUCAAGAUUGUAGUCACAUCUAAGUCCAAAUGACCUGCUCCAAUGACUUUGUGUAAAUGAUAAAAAGCAAAAGGGUCAGUACUGAGCCCAGGGAAUUUCAUAAGCUAAUGGCCAUAAGGCAAACAGCAGCCCACUAGUAGUGUUUUCUGGGUGUGUUCAGUGGAUGGUAUUGAAACUGCUGCAAAGUAGUGCCCCAGUCUUAUGUUGGCUUAACAGACUAGAAAGAUGUAAUGAUCUUGAAGGAUAUUGUAAAGGAUAUUGAAUGCUGAUUCAUUGUUCCCAAAACCAACUGGGAUGCACUCCCCUGUACAAUUCACAGCAUAGAUCACCCACUGAGAUUGUUUAUGUUCCAAAACUAGGUCUGCACCAAUUUAGAAUGCAUCCAUAUGAUCAGCUUCAUCUAAGAAAGAUUGCUAUUGUGUUGUCAUCAUUCACAAAGACCUUACUUUAAAAGGGGAGAGUGGAAAACUGAGUGAUAGUUAUCUAGGGUGAUUACUGUAUCUUUGCUGCUGGUGGAAAAACAAUAAGGAGGGAGCCAGCCUACUUUCCCCUAGUAGAGAGUUCCAGUAACUUGUUUGCAUUAUUCUUUUCUUUAUGUAGAUCAUGGAUUAGUAAAACUAGUCUGAAAAAUGUAAAAUACCAAAUUUUGGAUUUUGACCCUCAUAUACUGGAUGGAAAAGUGAAGAUUGACUCAGAAAUGCCAGACUCCAUAAAACCUUUAACUUUUGCAAGAUUCUAUCUGCCUAAUUGGGUCCCUAAUGCAGAAAAGGCCAUUUAUUUGGAUGAUGAUGUGAUUGUGCAAGAUGAUAUCCUUGAACUUUACAACACUCCACUGCAACCAGGCCAUGCAGCUGCUUUCUCAGAUGACUGUGACUCUACUUCAAACAAAUUUGUGGUCCGUGGGGCCGGCAACCAGUAUAAUUACAUUGGAUUUCUUGAUUAUAAAAAGGAAGCUGUUCGGAAGCUGUCCAUGAAAGCAAGCACUUGUUCUUUCAAUCCGGGUGUCUUUGUUGCAAAUCUAACUGAAUGGAAACUUCAGAACAUCACCAAGCAAUUGGAGAAAUGGAUGGUACUUAAUGUUGUAGAGGAAAUAUACAGUAGGACUCUGGCAGGCAGUAUCACAACACCCCCUCUGCUUAUUGUAUUUUAUAAACGACAUUCAAACAUUGAUCCUAUGUGGAAUGUGCGUCAUCUUGGUUCAAGUGCAGGCAAAAGAUACUCGCCACAGUUUGUGAAAGCUGCCAAACUACUCCAUUGGAAUGGACAUUUCAAACCUUGGGGAAGGACAGCAUCCUAUGCAGAUGUCUGGGAAAAAUGGUAUAUUCCUGAUCCUAGUGGCAAAUUCAGUUUAAUUCGGAGGCACACUGAUAUCUAUGAGGCAAAAUAAGAUGGAUUCACCACUUGUAUAUUAUCUCAGGAAACUUAAAGAGACCACAGAGUGAAAUCAGUGAUUCUCUGUACAUUGUUCAUAUUAAAACAGAGAAAAACGUAAGUGCUUGAAGCAGCAUGAUAAAGGAGGUGGUACCUUCCUAUUUUCCAGUGAAGAUGAAAACUUCCAUGAACUAGUAUAUUGAACUGCACAAUCUCUUCAAGAAUGGUCUUCUAGGACUGAAAUAUGUUACAAAAUAUAUCACAAAACCUCAUGCAGGAAUGCACCAGAUGGGUGACUGCCAUAUGUCUUGCAACUUACUCUGUUAAAGAGAUGCUGCCCCUUUUUUCAGUUGCUUAACCUGUGACUAUAAGCUUUUGUGUUAGAUCUUUUUCUAUUGCUUGAAAUUUCAUCCUGGUUCUCAGUGGUGGAUUUCAUUUGUAUCUUCUCAAAACUAUUAGAUAAAAUGUUUGUUUUAAAGAAAAGUGUGCUUCAACACUAAAGGAAUCAAUUAAAAAAAUAUGCAGGAAGCUAUUCAUGAAUUUGAUGUAUUAAGAUGAAUCUGACAUGACACUUCUGCUACAAAUGGUACCUUGCAUUUCAUAAGAUAUCAUUCCCUUUAAUAAACUCCACUGGUUUUCUUUUC